UUUUUUGACUCGCGAUCGCCGUGCCAAAAUUUCUGAAAAAAUGGAUCAAAUUCGGGUAAUUUAAGAAAUGCAUCUAAAUUCUAUAAAGGACUAUAUUCGCAGCUCACUUUUAUCAAUAAAUGAGCGUAUUUAUUUAUGAUAUUCUAUAAUAUAUGUAACGUGAACUAUAUACUAAAUGCACGCAUUUAUCAUAAAAGUGAGCUGAGAAUAUGGACCAAAAUGUUUAAAUAAUGCAUUUAAUUACUUGGAUAUAAAUCAGUACAUCGGUUGCAUAGUAUGACAAAAGAAUUUCAAUUUAUGUCCGAUAACUAUAGUAUAUUCAUUUACAUGUCUGGACUAUUUUCAACAGCUUACUGCAGCUUACACAUUUUCACUUAUGCAUUUCCUUUUUAAAAUACAGCAUAAAUGUGGAUAUUGUGGGUGGCUCUUUAGCUUCACCACAAAUUUUAUUGGUCAUAAGUGCUUCAAGCAGUACGUUGAAGGAGAAGACCACAUCAGCAUCGAUGAAAACCAUAUCGUAACAAUAAGUAUAAUUUGUUGGCAAGAACCGCUAAUACAAGAUUAGAAUCCAUGUUUAAGAGAUUCCAGGUUUUUUGUGCUAGACACGCGUCGUCAACCAGUCAACCACUCCGUAUACUUUAUUUAGGUUAUUUCACGCAUACUCGUACAUACAUUACACACAUAUAUUACGCUUCAACACAUUCUUACAUCAAAGUAUCUAUUUCACAUGACGCGUAUUUAGCAAUACGCUUAAAUAAUAACAACCAAUCGAUUUAUUUCUGUUGUAUUGUACAACAGAAGUCCUGAUCUGUUAUUGGUCAGGCUUGUUACGCUUUAUGCGCAUUUAACGCAAAGUACGCGCCAUGUAAAAUGGAAUUUUCAGAAUAGCGUACAUUCUAGUAAUUUACUAGAAUACGCAGUGUGCCUAUUCUAGCUACUCACUAGGUUACGCAGGUUACGCUUACGCAAGUUACGCUCCAUGUAACGGCACCCUAAUGCCUCCGGCACACCAGCGCGACGCGAUGCGCGAUAUGCGACGUGCGAUAUCCAAUGAGCGUACAGUGUUUAUGGAAAAGCUGUACUCUCAUUGGAUAUCGCACGUCGCGUAUCGCGCAUCGCGAACCGCGUCGCGCUGGUCUGCCGAAGGCUUAAGACAGCAUGAUCAUGGCGGAUGGACCUAGAUGGAAGCUGAGCCAAUUCGACAUUAGAGUCCCUAGAAAUAGGAGUCUGGACAAUGUUCUAGUUUUUGCAGGAAAGAAUAUGGCGCGACCAAUCGUUAAUGUCAAAACACCAUAUACCUUUUGUUUACGGACGCCAUAUUAUUUCCAACUAGAACAUUGUCCAGACUCCUAUUUCUAGGGACUCUAUUCGACAUCAGUAUCGUAGAAGCGGCUUCUUAUCGUUCAAAUGAUUUGGACAGACGCGGUGCAGAAAGAAAACAAAACCUGAAUAACUAACUGAAUAUAAUUAGCAUUGAAUAACGCGUUCGAAAUAAAGCUUUUAGUGAUCAAACAGACGAUUGUUGAGUCGAGAAGCGGUGAUAUUUCGGCUAUACCUAAAUAACUACUAUGUAAAGUAGUAAAGUUGUACGACGAAUGCAUGAUUCCGCUUUGCACCCCAAGUCAAAACGAAAUUUCGUAAAAAAUGCGGACGAAAAAAUUAACAAACUCUCUUCUUCUCAUUUGUGUUUUGCUCAUCACGAAUGCAAGUGCUGAUUUAAUAGAACCCAAUGAUGUGGUAAUGGUGAUAUUCAGUCAAAAAGAAGGCUAUCAUGCAGCUCAUGCUGAUUAUUUACGGAAAGGGAUCUAUGAACAAGCUAGUGCUCUUGAGAAAGAACCGCCAGAAGUUGUAUUGUCUCAUGAACUUGAUAUAAAAGGUUCCUGGACAAUAACUCCAUUAUCUAUAUACUUAUCCCAUAGAUUUCCAAAUGCAAAGUGGUUCUUCUUUUGUUUAGAAAAUACUGUAAUUCGAUUAGAGAAACUUCUGAAUCUCCUUGAAAAGUUCAGCUCUUCUCAAUAUAUCUGGAUUGGACAUGCACUUUAUGACCAUGAGUCUACCAUUAUCCAUCACUUUGCAGAACACAAAAAGAAAUUUAAGUAUCCACAUGUUGCAUCUGGAUUCGCAAUGACUUCUAUGCUAUUGAAGAAUUUAUCUGAACAUAUCUCCGAGGACACGGGAUCAAGAGCAGAUUUCUCUAUCGACGUAUCCUACGAAUUCGCAAGUUUUGUAUUAAAGAGUACAAACGUACGAUUGACACAUGUGUCUAAGUUAUGUAUCGUAUCUGGUUCUGAUUGUGCCACGUAUCCCAGAUUCUUUCAUCCUUGUAGUUCUUCCAUCUCUUCAGUAAAAACGUAUUUCGCUGUUAAGACUUGCGCCAAAUAUCAUGCUGAUCGAAUUCCAAUUAUUAAAAACUCAUGGGCGAAGCAUGCGAUAAACCUCGGAUAUUUCAGUGAUGUUGCAGACAGAAAUUUAAGGGAGGCGUACGUCGUACCGAACACUACUGAGGGGCAUUGUGCCAAAACUUAUGGCAUAUUGCAAGAAGCUGAUAAGAUACUGACAAAAAAUGGUUUCAACUGGCUGGUUAUUAGUGACGAUGAUACUAUAUUCAGCGUAGCACGUUUAUUACGCUUGCUCACGUGUUACAAUCCCAAGCAUCUAGUCGCGAUUGGUGAACGCUACGGCUUUCGCAUGUGGGACAAUCAGUUUGGGUAUCAGUACUUAACUGGCGGUGCCGGAAUGGUACUGUCAGCUCCGUUGGUUCAUGAAAUGGUGAUGUCAGACGCGUGCAAUUGUCCAUCCGCAACCACUCCCGACGACAUGUACCUGUUCGGAGUUUGUCUGUCUCGACUUGGAGUAGAGCCUGUACAUUCCCCGAUGUUUCAUCAGAUCGCCAUACGAGAUAACGAUGACUUUUCACGUCCCAGGAAAUUGAUGGUGACAACACUUGAGCAGACCAAAGCAGCAGGCUGCGAUGCAUACGUUAUUCUAAUCGCCAAUGGAUUAUUAACGUCGCGAUUCUUGCAAUAUUCCGAAGGGGAACGUCUGAUUAAUACACGCGGUUACUUUUUGCUUUUGUACGAUAAUCGGCUGUUCAGGCCGGAAUUGCACUACAUAUGGAACCGAAUCAUCAAUGUAGUAUUCAUACGGCGAUAUAAUAUGUACAAGCAUCGUUCAGGCGAGCGUGUUAUCAACGAACGAAUUGAUCUCAACACCGUCCAGUAUCCAUCACGUACGAGGGACAUUACGACGACUAAAUAUAUCGAUACCUGGUACGAUGGUAAAUUACGUUACGGUAACGCUCACUACGUAUCGAAAACCAAGGAUCUUCACGGCAAUGGUUUACGAGUGGCGGUUUUCGAGCAUAUACCAGCUGUAACGAAAGCUUCACGGGAUCAUUAUCAACAAAGUACAGCUGCAAAUCCUAAAGCUCUUGGUAUUGAAUUCGAAUUAAUUCGAGUCAUAGCAAAGACGAUGAAUUUCAAAGCGAACUAUUACAAGCCCGAUAAUAUCGAAGAAGAGAGAUGGGGCAAAGCUGGAGAUAACGACAGCUACACGGGUCUCCUCGGCGAAGCGAUCGCCGGGAACGCCGAUUUCAUUCUCGGGGAUCUGCAUUACACGAUGCACCACUUGAAUUACGUCGAUCUAUCUGCAUCGUACAAUACGGAAUGCCUCACUUUUUUAACACCCGAAUCGUUAACUGAUAAUUCGUGGGAGUUACUGAUAUUGCCUUUCAGGCUGAACACGUGGAUAGCGGUUCUUUGCACUUUACUGCUGGGUAGUGGACUCUCUUACGUGCUUGCAUUGUUCUAUCAAAGGUACAUAGUCCCAAACCUCAGCGAGGCAAACGCGUGCUACAGUAUGAAGGGUGUGUACCUGUUCACCGAGUUCCAGAAUAGUGUACUGUACACGUACAGCAUGUUGCUUCAAGUGUCACUGCCUCGUUUGCCGAAUGCCUGGGCUAUGAGGAUAUUUAUCGGUUGGUGGUGGAUCUACAGCAUCUUGGCCAGUGUGACUUAUCGCGCUAGCAUGACGGCCACUCUCUCGCGUCCUGCCAUCAAAGUAACUAUCGACACAUUGGCGCAACUGACGAGAUCAAAGUUGGCGGUAGGCGGUUGGAGCGAAGAGGGCAAGGAGUUCUUCCUUACUUCCUCGGAUCAGUUCAGCCAAGAGAUCGGCAGCAAAUUUGAGUUAACGGAGAACGAGGAUGGUGCCGUUGAUCGGGUAGCAAACGGGACAUUCGCUUAUUACGAAAACGCAUAUGUAUUGCGGCAUGCUCGCGCGAAACGAAUAUUCGAAGGGGGGAACAAUGGGAGGAACAAGAGUAAGAAGGACACUGGAUCAACGGUGAAGUACAAUCUGCACAUUAUGGACGAGUGCGUCGUCCAGAUGCCGAUCGCGCUAGGACUGGAGAAAAAUUCUCCGUUGAAGCCUCACGUGGAUUUGUGGGUAAGACGGAUGACGGAAAUCGGCCUCGUGCGCAAGUGGCUGAGCGACGUAAUGGAGUGGUCAAAGAUAAGUGAAUCGCUGCAGAACACGAAACCUGAAACGGCGUUAGUGGACCUACGCAAGUUGCACGGCGCCUUCGUUGCCCUCGCGAUCGGAUAUUUUCUCGGUCUCGCGGCUUUACUUGGCGAAAUUUUGUAUUGGAAAUACGUGAUCUUGAGAGAUCCAAACUAUGACAAAUAUCACUUGGAUACAUUCUAUAAGAAUAAUAAAUUUAAAAGUUAAAGGAAUUUUUUUUCUAAUUCUGCAAUGUAACAAAAAUUAUGAAUGAAACGAGAGAUGUAAGGGUGUGUGAA